AUGCUCAUCCCUGUGAACAUCAACCUGCUAGGGCAGGCUCAGCCCCCUGCGCGCAAGCUGCCUCCACAACUCGUGCAAUUUGGCACCGACGAGCUGAUGCUGCUCGAGCUCCAAGGAGGGUUGGAAGUCGAAGGGAGCAAGGACGGGCAGCUAGUAGGGAAGCUGAAAGUGGACCCCGAAUCGAAGAAGCCGACGCUCAUGAUCGGCUACCACCUGCUCGAGGGCAAGCUCGUCAACCUCCCGAAGCCGCUCGCGGUCCUCCACCGCCGAGACAGCCUGCCCUCUGGCGAUGACGACGCGGACGGCAUGGACGUCGACGAAGAGGGAGCGGGCGGGGCGCCGGGGCCGCUGAGCUCGCAGCGUGCGACCGGUUGGGACAUCGUCGCGGUCGUGAAGCGGAAGAUGGUGUUCGCGAAGCGGCCGACGCCAAUAGUUGGGAUGGGCUCUGAGAAACCGCCGAGUUCUCGUGUAGGAGGAAAGACAUGA